CGUUUUUUUAGACACCCUGUACAACAGGUACAAUAUGUGCUUUUUGUGCCGAAUUUCCUUCCGUGGAAGUACUGGGGCCAGUUCCAAGACCAAUGCCCGAUGAUGAAGCUUUGCCAGAGCUAUGUUAUUUACCAUAUGACCAAACACCAACAGCGACAGCAGAUGGCGUCCGUAGGGAAGUAGAUGACUUCCAGCCAAGAGCUCAAAUAAAGAACAAUCUGAACAAGAAAAAGUAACUUUAGAUGACGAGGACUCAAUAACUGCAUUUUCCAAAUCGUAUGCAGUUCAGGAGGAUCUUGUAAGAAAAUAGCUUGAGCAUCUUCAUUACGUGAAUUUCAAAAAAAAACACGUGCGGACGAGAGAAGAAAACAGAAGGAAGCACAAGCAAACAGCACUUACGAGGACUACAACUGGGUAGAAAUGUUCCAUGCCAGAACACUUAACAAAUGUACUGUUGCUGUUUUAGAUUUGUUCUUAGAAAAGCACAGUUUAAUGCGAAAGCGAAAGAACAAAAAACAGAAAGUACAAAUCAUCACAGCCUGGCUGGCCAACAGUGAAGUGAUCGAAUCUCGAUCAAAAUGACGACAGAGGUAAAUGAAAUGAAAAGGAUAAUGGUGUUGUCUACAACGAUGAAGAACUGGACUCUAGUGACUCUGAUAUUGAAGAUGAUACAAGUGAUUUAGACGACAAUCAACAUGUAGUUCGGCGUGAAGUUGGACAUUCCACCACUGACGACGAUAGCGAAAGUGAAACCAAUGAAAACCAAGUCAUCCCUGUAAAUACAAGACUUGGAAGACUGGCAACAGCAUAUCAAACUCGUCAUUUUUUUGGAGACUCUGAUUGAUAUAAUUAUCUAUUUAAUAGGAACAGGAAACAAGUCAUCCCU